ACCGUAUACGAUACGACACGUGAAAGAGAAGUUUGUUCCUCACUCUCAGUCAGAUCAAGCGGGAGGCUUGGAGGAAAAAGUCUCUCGGGAACAAUGGAUCCUCCGCAGUUAAGGCGCGUAUUCAAAGACAGCGACGAUGGGGUACUGUCAAGAUUGGAAAAACUGGAGCUGAAUUUGUCUACCGCUCAAAAAGAAGUCACCGGCUACCACAAAGCUGUUGAGCAGCUCUCGGAGUUGAAUCAAAAUCUUCAGAAUCAUGUGAAAACACUGGAAGAAAAAAUUCUCAAGCUCGAAGCGGGCAUAGCAUCUACGGAAAUGGGAACAAUUAAUUCCACAACCCCGAACAAGAAGAAUCAACUCACAAUUUCGAUUCCGAAUUCGAAUAGCACAAAUGCCCCCUGGUUUGAGAUGCCGACGCCGAUUUCAGCGCUUGGGCCCAACACCGGUUUCCCCCUGGUCGACACGCUGCACGGAGAGCACACUUCCUUAGAUCCACCCAACCCUUUUCUCAUGGUGCCCAACACGCCCAAGACGCCCAAUAAGUCGCGUGUAACACACAAUCUGCUUCGCAGAAAGCCGAUACAUGACCUGACAGCUCAACUCCCGCCAGCCAACGUACGCCUACCAUUGAUACCAAUCACAGACGAGGAGUUGAUUGUGUUCUUUUUCAAUGGAACAACACAUCCUGCCUUUUCUCUGCGCCUGUACGCGCGUAAUUGGGGUCCUACACAGAUAGUGGGACUGAUCAACAAUCACCGAGAGGUCAAGCCAAAAGGCUACAUGAAAAAUACAUGCAGUGUCAGGAUGACUACAGCUCUGAGGCGCGGCCUAAAAGAGUAUGGAGAAGUCUGGCAAGAUCUAUCCAGCCAUUUCUUCCGCUCUGUGGACGACGCGGUCGCUACGGAUGCGAUAUCGUUUCUUGGAGACGGUGUUGAAUAUGUCGAUCAUCAGGUACUGAGCAUGACCAACUCACUCAAAAUAUUCCCAACGGGCAAGGGGAGGGGAAUAUUCACAGAGAGCCUGGCAUGGUGUGUCGAGAAUCGAGCCGAUAUAAUGUUGUCGCAACUCCACAUUGUUGCUCUUGCACUUUCCAGGGGUGCUGAUCCUGCAAUUGCGGUCGCGAGUCUCGUACCACCCCAAUUGUUUUGUUCCAUGGAUCUGGAUAUGACUGCUCCCGCGCUAUCCCCAUUCCAUGGUUUGGGAGCCAAUGACGGGACAGUCGAAAGAUAG